AUGUACCUAAUCAACUUACAAAUAGAAAAUAUUACCGACUUAAUCAUUGAUAUACAACUCCUAAACUACUUCGAAGCCAGAUCAUAUUUCGUAAUAUUUUUCCAGGAUGGCGUAAACCUAAAAUCAAUAGUUAAUGCUUUGUUUCACUAUUACAUUUAUAACGUGGUUCUCAUAAAUACAAAAAACUUUAACGUUCACACAUAUGUUCCAUUUAAAUAUGAAAAUUUACACCAAAAAGUUAAAAUACUUAAAAUAACAAAUUGUUUUGAUGAUGUAUCUAAAGAAGCAUUAUUUCCAAACAAAGUUCCUGAAUUUUGGAGAAACACGACCUUGAAAAUCAUCACAUUGGAAUUUAGACCACACGUUAUAAACAAUGAUGUUACAAACAAUAAUGUACAUGGCAGCGAAUUCACUCUAAUGAAGGAACUUAAAAGUUACAUAAAAUACAAAAAAUUGGAAAUAACUGGAUCCUGUUCAAAAACCUGGGGUAAAAAAGUGGGACACAAUAACUAUACAAAGUGUUUUGGAGAUAUAAUGAAUAAAAAAGCUGAUACUGGAUUGGGUUUCUUCUAUUCGUUGGAAACGAAAUGUAUAGAUUUUGAUGCCACCCACUAUAUAGCUUUUAUUGAAUUGGUAUGGACUUUGCCAAUGGCUAGAGAAAUAUCGAUAUGGACAUCAUUUGCAUAUAUGUCUUCAAAAGAGCUCUACGCUACCCAAUUAUUCUAUAUGGUUAUAUUAUGCCUUGCUUUUGCUUUUAUAGGUAGAUUAAAGCAUUCAACCAAACCUAUUUUGUCUUGGAUUAGCACUUUUUUAAAUUCUACAAUUCAUAGCUCGAAAUAUAACGCAAAUACUACAUCACAAAGAUUGGUUAUACUCACUAUCAAUUUCUACUCGAUAAUAAUAUCAACUUUUAUAACCGGCUUGUUUAUUACUUAUUUGAGUAGAGCCGUCUAUGAGCCACAAAUAAAAACUACCAAGGACGUGAUAGAUAACAAUCUGGUCCUGAAUUUUAAUCCAGACUACCUGGAAUACAUUACCAAAAACGACACGAUCUAUUACCAGGUACAGAAAAAUUACAAGCCAUGUAAGCAUUACUCCUGCGCCCUUUGCAAGGAAGAAAACAACUGCGUCGGGUUGCUAUCUAGGGGCGAAGCCGAGUACUACCAAAUCCAAAAGUACUUCGACAAAACCGGAAGGCCCACAAUCUACAUUUCCAAAGAAAGAAUGUGGGCUCCAUUUUCGAGUUGGUUUUUCUUCAAGGGCCAUCCGAUGUUAGCAAAAUUUGACAAGGGGAUUCACUAUUUCCAACAAGGCGGUUUUGUAGAUUACUACUACAAGUCCACUAUGUUUAAAAGUAGGCUCAAGUACCAGAAGAAUAUUAAGGAUAACGACAAAAGGUCUUUAGAUUUGAGACCUAUAUUUUACAUGCUUAUUCCUUGCUAUACUUUCAGUUUUAUAGUUUUUUUGGUGGAAGUUGUAUGGUUUAGGUGUACAAAGCAUUAA